AUGCCUCGCAACGGAGAUGGAUCUGGUGACAAUGGCCCCAUCGAGGGUCACGAGCUACUUCAUGGUGCUUCAGGCGAUAAAACGCUUCAACAUACCAAGCAUGUAGCACCUAUGCCCGAGCAGGAAGCAGGAGAUGCCCUUCCCGGCAUGGGCGCUGGCGGUGCCGCAGCACCCAUCGCCGACGACGCGGAGCAAUUCGGCGUCAACGAGCCCAAGAAAGACCCUCUCGAAGAGGGAGACGAAGAGCCCACGCCAGACCACCUAAAGACCGACACCUCGUCAUCUUCUGCCAACAAGAACUCCAAAAAGCGGGACCAACCGCACCACUCCGCUACUUCCCCUGAGCGCUCUCACCUUGACCAAAAGUUCACCAAGCUGGAUAAAGAUGAGGUUAACAUGUCGACUGCUAGCAGUAAAGGGCAGGAGAUGGAUGCGCGUGCGCAAAGGGUGGCUGACGCGACGGAGAAAAGCAAAGGAGCUGGGGAUGAGAUUGUGAAGAAACAUGGGGGGCAUGCUGACGUGGAGGAAUUGCAUGGCGCGACUAGUUUGGAGCACGGUGAUAAGAGCAAAGACGGUGGUAAGGAUAGUGCGAGUGGGAAGAAGGGUGGAGAGAGUGAAAGUGGGAAUGGAGGUAAGGGAAGUGAAGGUGGUGAACUCAGCCUUGGAGACAAGGUAGCACGGGAACAGGCUAAGAAAUUCGGCGCGAACAUUGAUGCUUAG